AUACUGAAAAUGUUAUACAUAUUGGCAAACGCGAUUGUGAAGAUGAUUUUCUUGUUUGUUGCAAUAUUUUUAUUUACUCCAAAUUCAAUAGAAUCCAUGUCGAAUAAUAAAGAGAAACCAAACAAGUGUGAUGAUUUUAAUAACAUUAACAAUCUCCUUUCUAUAAUGGAUACUAAUAUAAGAAAUUUACAAGAAAAAGUACAAGGUUGUGAUACUGUUCAAUCACAGGUUUCAUCUUUGCAUUCUCAACUAUCAAUUCUUGAUAGAAAAUUGGGUAUUAUAAGCAAAUCUCAAGCUAAAAUGAACGAUUUAGAAACAAAAUUAAAUCUAAUUCCAACGAUGUUUGAUGAAAUGUCCACGAAAAUCAUAAAUGAAUUAAAACAUUCCUUUAAUGAUAAAUUUGGCGACAAAAAUCAAGGUGAAGUUUUAGAGAAAGUUUUAAGUAAAAUAAACAAAAUCGAAAUUAAUGUAAAAGAUUUAAAAGAUUCGUGUGAUAAAUCCGACAUCAAAAACGUUCUCAAUGAAAACUUUAAAUCACAAAAUUUAAACAUAGAAAAUCUAAUGGAAAACUGUACUAAAUCCAAAGAAGCCGAUAAAACUGCAAUCGUAUUAAUCGAAAACACUCGAGAUGAAUUACAAUCUAAAUUAAACGAUUUAGAUUACAAACUAAAUCGGGUUCCAGUCCAUCUCGAUGAAAUUUUCAUAAAGAUAAAUGUUUUAGAAAAAUCAACUGAUCAAAUUAAUAAUAAACUAGAAAAAAAACAUCAAGAUGAACUUUUAGAAAACGUUUUAACUAAAAUAAAAAAUGUCGAAAAUACCACAGAAAAUUUAAAAAAUUCUUUUGAAAAAACCGAUAUCAAAAAUGUUUUAACUGAAAAUUUUAAAUCGCAAAAUGAAAAUAUCGAAAAACUGAUUAAAGAAUGCAACAAACAAGACGAAACGAACACAAACAUAACAAUCAAUGAAGAAUCUUUGACUUUAUCAAAUUCUUUCGAUUACACAUUUUGCACCUCUGUCAAAAACCAAUCUGGCAUAUUCAAAUUUCACACACAUUUAAUCAAUUUAAAGGAAGAAACGAGAGAUUAUGGAGUGAGAUCGUGCCAACAGGGUUGGAUGGUGAUCCAAAACAGAAAUUCAUUCGAAUACCAGGAAAAUUUCAAUAAAUCUUGGUACCAAUAUAAACAUGGUUUUGGCGAUUUACGUAGAGAAUUUUGGUUCGGAAACGAUUAUCUUCACCGACUAUCGAAUCAAAACGACCUAAUAUUACGAAUAGAAUUGGAAAGUUAUGAUAACGAAAAAAAAUGGGCUGAAUAUGAAUCAUUUAAAAUUGCAAGUGAAUAUGAAAAUUAUCGAUUAACACUCGGACGUUUUAGUGGGACGCUCUCAAAUGAUCUCCUCUAUAAUAAUAACAUGAAAUUUAGUACUUAUGAUAAAAAAAAUGAUAACUCGAAACAUUCUUGUGCUGUUACUUAUGGAAGCGGAUGGUGGUUCGAUAGCUGUUUUAAUACGAAUUUAAACGGAUUUCAUUAUAAACAGUCUACAGAUGAUGGUAAAGGAAUUGUUUGGUUUUCUUGGUUAAAAAAUUAUUCCUUAAAAGCUGCCAAAAUGAUGAUAAGACCUACACAACAUUUGAAACAAUUUCAAGAUUUAUCUUUUGAACCAUAUAAUGUGUUGUAAGAAAUAAAAAUAAUUUGAUAAUAAAUAAAAAAUGAAUACAUAAAUA